AUCCACGAUCGAGCUUCCAGGUCCCCGUCUAUCACAAUCAAUAGUCGAAAGAACUGGAGUUGAGUCGCUUCCGGUGACGCUGUUCAAUAAAUCACAGUCACUAUACUGAGGACCUGUACGCGCAGAUUGGGAAAGCAUGGCGGCAGGCACUCCGGGACCGCCAGCACCUCCGCUAGCACCAGGAACGCAGAAAGUUAGCGACGUCAUUGCAACUUUUCGGCCUGCGAGACGUUUCAAACCAGCAGACUCGAAGACAUCCGUGACGUCGCUCGACUUCGAUGAUACCGGCGAGCUGGCCGUUGUGGCUCGCGACGACAACACGUUACAGAUAUAUAAUUGCAAGGAAGGAAAGCAUGCAAAGGAGCUCAUGAGUCAAAAAUAUGGAGUGCAUCUGGCGCGAUUCUCCCACCACUCCCAGAGUAUCAUUUACGCAAGUACUAAAGUGGAUGACACCAUCCGCUUCCUCUCCGUUCACGAUAACUCCUUCAUUCGGUAUUUCAAGGGACACACGGAUACCGUGACGAGCAUAAAUCUCUGCCCCGCAGACGAUACCUUUGUUUCCUCCGCACGGGACGACUCGGUGCUCAUGUGGGACUUGCGGUCUCCCAAUUACCAGGGGAAACUCAAAAUACAUGCGCCCUACCUCACAGCCUACGACCCUUCGGCCUCCGUCAUCGCAAUUGCCUCUCCGCCAACCCACACGAUCCAUCUCUACGACGUACGCAACUACGACAAACCGCCGUUCGCGACGUUCGACCUUCUCGAUUACGCAUCCCGCUUCCUCGGCGCCCAAGGCGGGGAAUGGACGAAGAUGGAGUUCACCAAUGACGGGAAGAAUCUCAUUAUCAGCACGACUGGCUGCGGACACUUUGUGCUCGAUGCUUUCGAGGGGACCAUCACGCACUUCGCCUAUCGCAAAGCCGGACAUUCAGGACGGCUUGGCCCUGGCUCAUCCCGGUCGGGAGGCAACGCGCGAUCGAUGGAUUCCCCGGCGAUAGGACAGGGAGAUACGUGUGUCUCACCGGACGGACAGUACCUGCUCGGCGGCAGCGCGGAGAACGGCGUAUUGGUGUGGGACAUCUCGAAAGCUCCCACUUCGAAUCACUAUCUAGAACCCAUGGAGACGCUGCCCUGUCCGGCCAAGGCGCCCAUAAUAGGGUACAAUCCGAGGGCCAAUGUGUUGGCGAGUGCGGAUAAGGAUUUCUACCUGUGGCAGCCGGAUCGCGAUCUCAUGAUGUAAGAUGAAGAGGGGAGGGAUACCUGUAUGAAGGACAUUGAGUUGUUUCGUGAUUGCUAACACUGCUAUGUCUGUAGAUCUGGGCUGGCGACUCCGGUGUCCAUGUAUGACGGGUCGGCAUGAGCUGGGGAUGGGGGAAGAGACCUCCCUGAGGGGCGACCGGUAUCAUGGAGCGAUACCAUUGACGCUGCAGUUUGGUUAUGGCGAUGACUGGGAUGCAUGUUAGGUUUGGAAGGAACUGUGGUAGGGAAGAGCGUGCUAGGGGGAAUGUACGUUGUUCUCCACGGCCGGGUAAACGGAGUUGCAUUGGAAGGCGCUGUGGGUUUGCAGUUUAGUUCACGCACAAGGCGUCCGGCGGCUAUGGGAUUCUGGGAGGGAAUGUGAUAUCCAGAUAUUCUCUGCGCGUGCGAGAUAUCAAAAGGCGAC